AUGUCGGCCACGUUCGUUCAUAUCUAUGAUGGUCCGUGGAUCAACUGGUCCCACGGGCUGGCUACUGGCAUGACUGUGACUCUGUCACAACGUGCAGGAGGUUUACUCACUGCAUUCAUCGCGACAUUCGUCACAAUAUGUGGUGCUGAACUGUGGAAACUCCUCUGCUAUAUCUUACAUCAGCUUCGAUCACAAAAGACGCCUCAAGAUGGCCUCUACCAUCAGCAGCAGGUGAUUCUGCGGACAUCACCCACUCCUGGAGGUGCUGCUUGGCUGUGGCUGCUGCAAACGUACCACUGGGCAGGCAAAGCAAGGCUGUCAUUUCUUCGUUCUCUGCCAUGGGCAGUCUUUGGCGUGUCGUACAUUGUUGUGGUUGGUCUUUUGGCCAUUUUCUCCUCUGAAAUAUCAAAAAGCCCUGGCCCACAACGAUUGCUGACUGGUGAUCAAUGUGGGCUCUGGUCACUGAAUACGAGCUCGCCUGAUUCCAGCGCUGCCUGGCAAUCCAAGGUGACAAGUGAUAGCUUAUCUGCAGCUACCUAUGCAAAAGCUUGUUAUGGAGGAAACGAGGGCGCUCAAUGUGGUCACUACGUCAAUCCUGCCAUCGAGUGGACGUCCAAUACUAACGCCACAUGUCCCUUCACGUCUGGUAUGUGUUACUGGAACGAUCUCUCAGCUAUAUCCAUUACUUCGAAGAUGAUAGACAGUCACCUGGACUUGGGUAUCAACUCCGCUCCACGAGGACGGAUCCAGUUCGAAAAGACAACAACAUGCGCGCCAAUGCGUACCAGAGCGUUCGCCACUCAAGUCAACGUCACUGAAGAGAAUUCAGACACUGAAAAUGGUAUUCCUGGAGACUAUAUCUACAAGUUCUGGCUGGGUCAAAUGGUGGGUGAUUCAGGCACAAACGUAACGAACUACACGUAUCAAUACAACUUGCAUACUGCCAUGGAUAACAUCGGGUAUACUCUAGCAUCUUACCAGUCCCUUGCUGGUUAUCCAUUGAACCCUGGCGUGUAUGUGCCUAUCAAAGAGAUUAGCAACACCAACGCGGACCUAUCGCUGCUGUUCCUGGCAAGCAAUUCUAUCCGAUAUGAAAAGCCCACGAAUGAUCCACUUUUCGCGGCUCACUACUCUUACAAUCUCAGUGGAUAUACUUGGUGGUCCUCGGAUCAGUACGUUACUGUCCUUGGAUGCAGUGAACAGUACCGAGUGUGCAACCCUAACAAUGGCGUUUGCACACCGCGAAUGGGCACUAUUCAGCUGCAGCAAGCUUUUCUUGCCAACGGUGAUGGGCUUAACCUGAACCUCAAUCAGAACGCAACAGCCUUUCGUGUUGUUCUCGCAGCAGCCUACUCUAGCGUUUAUCAUGCCACUUUCACAAGAGGAGGGAAUGCACUCCGUGCUUCCGAGACAGUCUCUACGCUUUCACAAGCAGUCUUGCCAGCCAAUCAGUGGCACAUUGAAGUCGGAGCGUGGUUUGACACGGGACUUUCCAGGAUACAAGCCAUGAUUGAGCAGUAUGUUGUACCACCGAAAGCUCUGCCAGGAUCUCAUGUUCAACCAUAUCAAGCUGGAAGGGACAAUCCCUAUUGGGUCAUGUGUUACAACCAGAUCGUCAAUGACAGCUCCAGUAGCAUGAGCUUCUCCGUAUUGGGAUUAGCAAUUCUUUUCGUCAUUGGUGGUGCCAUCAUCUUUCUCUCCAUGACAAUCGAUACAGUGGUUGGCUACAUCCAGCACAAGACUGGGAAAGGCCUGCACGCUCGGAUGGAGUGGAUCGUGAACGACAAACUACAGAUGCAGAGAAUGCUACACAGAGAGAUGAAGCUAGGUCAGUGGCACGAGGGAACUUCCAGGAUCCCUGUGACAGUUGGGUAUGGAGAGCAGAAAUUCUCGGGACCUGCUGAGUAUGAGCUUCUCGCGCAGGACCAUGAUCAUGGCGAAGCAAGUGGAGCGGAUGAUGCCGCUAGGGUACAGCUUGUGCAGGAAGAGCAUGAGCCCAAAGGAUGGCGAAGCUAG